AUGGCUCCGUCUGCCCCUGUCCAAACAACUUUUACCAAGGCAGCUUAUGUCGGGGAUGUCUCCGCACUCGCCCUUUUGCCUUGGCCCUCCCUUACCUCCCUCCGCUAUAAAUCGCGCCGCACACAGCCUGGCGCCGCUGCCUCUCACGAAGAGUCGUGUGCGCAGCGCGGGGGAGAGGAGAAAGAGGAGGCGGCCCAAGCAGCGGCGUGUGAGGAGCGGGCUGAGCGGCACAGCGAGCAAUGCGCGGGCGCCCAUAAAUGUGCGGGCGCCGAUAAAUGCGCGGGCGCCGAUAAAUGCGCGGGCGCCGAUAAAUGCGCGGGCGUCCAUGCGUUCGACCAUCAUGCGUCGGCUCUUGUGCUCGCAGGUGCACCUAGCUGCACGCGCACACAAGCCUCUUUCCCUCAAACACGCGCAAACGCUCGUCUCCGCGCACCCGCCAACCACUUCCCCCUGUUCGCCACUGCGCCCGCCGCUUGCCCAUUCCCGCCUCCCCUUCCGCCCUGCCUCGCCCGCGCGCCCUCCGCCUCCCCCGCGCCCCCUCUGCUCGUCUACCCCGCAUGCCCUCCCCUCCCCCGCCACGCCGCUCAUCCCUCCGCCCCCCCUCAUCCCAUCACCCUCCAUCUGCACGCUCCCAGUUCGCUGCUCUCCCCCAUCCAUUUCCCCCCUUCAAACCCUCCUGCUCCCUCUCUGCCCCCUCUUGCCCCUUUACCACUCCCUUUCCCCCUCGGCCCCCCGCCCCCGCCAGCCAUGGGGCCCACGCUGCGCUGCUACCACCUGCCGUCGGGGCGGCUGCUGGCAGCCGUUGAUGUGUUCGACGGCGUGCGCAUCCACGGGAUCGUGCCACGUGGCAGCAGAGGAGUGGGCGGCGCUGUAUGGACCCGCGAGGGCGGGGGCAAGGGGAGGGGGGAAGCAGCAGCAACGGUGGUGGUGGUGCAUGGGGAGAGGCGGGUGAAACUGGUGGUGCUGACGGUGCAGCAAGCAGCACAGGUGGCGCUGACAGUGACAGUGCAGCAGCAGGGCGUGGGGGAGCGGAGAGAGACAGCGGAGCAGGGGGGUGUGGGGCAGGGGGUGGGUGGGAGGGUAGAGCAGGGAGGCGAGGGGCAGGGAAGUGGGGGAGUGCGGAUGGCGGUGGGUGCAUGUGUGCCGUGCAGGGACCACUGGGUGUGUGAUGCCGCCCUGCUGCCCUGCCCUGCACACGCCCAUGCCACACAGGCGGGCGUGCUGGCGGUGGGGCUGAGUGACAACAGCGUGGAGCUCUGGGCCACAGCAGCCGUUGGAUCAGAUGGGACGUGUGGCCAGGAUGGCACUGGGGGGUUCUCUCUGAGGCUGCUGCGCUCUGUGGCUUGCUCAGGCACGCACUGCUCCCCUCCCCCUGGGCCCAUGCUACCGCAGUCUGCUGUACGCCAUGCGCCUGCACUGGCAUGCGCCCCUCGCAACCCUGCAUGUGGCGGCCGGCACCAUCUUCAACCGCUGCUGCUCUGGACCGUGCCCCUCCACGCCUCUGCCUGCUGCGCCACUUUGAGCAGCAGCACUGAAGAGCCAUGCCACGUGGCGCCCUCCCAUAGGCUGGGAGGUGCUCGCUUGUCCCCCUGCCCCCUUGCCCGCUUGCCCCCCUGCCCCGCUGCCCCCCUCCCCUCUUGCCCCCUUCCCUCCUGCCCCCAAGCCGACCUUCUGCACUGCCCUUUGUACCUCCUAUCCGCUACAGCCCCCCAACCUGUGCCCCUGCUCUGCCUCCCUUCUCUGCUUCACAGCACCUUACCUUCCCACACUCUUUAUGGGUCGUCUCACACCAACACCAUCGCACCAUCAUGCUCACGCCCCCGCACCCCCCAUGCCCACACACCCACCCCUCGCUCCCCCCCACGGUGGCAGGUGGCAGUGACGGUGAGUGAGGACUGCACGGCGCGUGUGUGGAGCAUUGAAGAUGGCCGCCUGCUCGCACUCAUCCCCGCGCACCAGGGGUGGGGCAUAUGGCGGUGUGUGGUGCACCCCCCCACGCGCACGCUCAUCACAGGGGGGGCGGACGCCGCUAUCAAGCUGCACGCCCUCCCCUCCCCCCUGCCCUUCCCCGCCCCUCCCCCUUCCACCCUGCCCUCCCCACGCGCCCUCCCCUCCACCGUGCCGGCUGCCCUGUCAUGGCAUCCCCCUCUGGACGCACUACUGCUGCGCGUCACGCCCACGGGCGCCCUCACAGGCAGCACCAUCGCCCUCACCAGUGCUGCUGCCGCCACUGGUGCUCUGACAGAGGGGGAGGCAGGGGUGGAGGGGGACACUGGUGGCAAGGAUAGGGAGGAAGGGAGUGCAGAAGAGGAGGAGGAGGAGGAGGAGGAGGAGGAGGAGGAGGAGGAGGAGGAGGAGGAGGAGGAGGAGGAGGAGGAGGAGGAGGAGGAGGAGGAGAAGGAGGAGGGAAGAAAGGAAUCUGGAGAAGCAGGGCAGGGGAGGGAGAGGGAGGGGCGGUGGCGGGUGGUGUGUGGGUUCGGCAUGGGGCAGGCUGUGGCGCUCUCCCUCUCCCUCUGGGUCCUGCCCCCCCGCCCCAUGCAUGCAAGCAGGGAAGGGGAUGGGGAGGGUGGAGGCCAUGGGGGGAAACAAGGGGCGGAAGGUGCAGCUGAGGAAGGGGGGCAAGGGGGAGUGGCAGGGGAGGGAGGGCGGGCAAGUGAGUUGGGGGAGGUGGAGGUCCAUUGGUGGAGUGAGUGGCAAGCACACCAGGCAAGAAGGCUUCUUGGCACCUUCUGGUGCCGCAGCUUAAGUGACAGGCACGUCUUCACCACGGACCCAGCGGGCGGCGUUUGUCAUCGCCUUGUUUCCCCUUUUCCAUUGCCUUGUGUGCCCCGCGUGCAACAGCUGCUGCCAGCCUGGCAUUGGGCGAAUUUUCUCAUCAGGCCCCUCGAUCCGAAUUACUCUCCCCUCCCACCCCCCACCCCACCCUUCAUCCCGUCGCCCGGCCGGCAGCUGCUGGCACUGGGCGACCAGAGGGGCCACCUCUACCUCUACCGCUUCUCCCUCGCCGCCUCUGCUGCCAGCUGCCCAGUGGCGAAUUGCCACGUGGCAGCAGUGCUCAAGGGGGCGCAUGGCAUAUCUGCAGUGGCGAGUGUGGCAAUAGAGGGGGCAGCAGGCAUGGGCGCAGCUGCAGCGUCGCUUGGCUUCACUGCCCUCAUCCACACGACGGGCAGGGAUGGCUGCAUCUGCACCUUCGCCCUGCGCGCCCCACCGCCACCCCCACCGCUUGCCCCUGCACCUGGCCCACCUUGCAACUCUACGAGUACGGCAGCUGCCAGUGGGGGCGCGGUGGGGCAUAUGGGCAUGGCAUGUGCACCUGGCAGUGAGGAGGGCGACACGGGCGUGCAGGAGAGAGGGGGGCAGCAGGGGGGCGUGGUGUGUGUGGGGGUGCAGCGCGCAGGGGAGGUGGGCAUGGUGGAGCGCGUGGUGUGGGUGAGGGGCGGGGGAGGAGGGCGCAGGGCAGGCAGGGUGGCGGUGGGGUUUGCAGCAGCGGACUUUGUGGUGUGGAGUGUGGGCGAGCAGGCAGAGGUGGUGCGCAUAGCGUGUGGGGGAUGGCGCCGCCCGCACGCCUUCCUCAUCGAUGCGCUCUGCAUGGGGUCCUUCGCCUUCGCCUUCCUCAAGGGCAACCAUGUGCAUGUCCACCGCACCUCACCUGCCGCCACACACUCCGCCCUCCCCUCCCCACACAUGCCCCCCUCCUCCCUGCACACCACCUUCCACGGCCGCGAGCUGCACUCCCUCGCCCUCCUGCCUCUGCCCCCACGCCCCUCGCCCCACACCCACACCCCCUCCUCACCCUACGCCUCUCCCACACGUGCGUUCUCCUCGCUGCUGCUCUCUGCUGCUGAAGACGGCUGCCUGCGCGCCUCCCUGUACGACCCCUCAAGGGAGGGGAGCGGAGGGGUGCUGGAGGGCAGUGCGCGGGUGGGCGAGCACGUGGGGGGCAGCGCCAUCAGAGCCAUUGCCACGUGCGCUGCAGAGGGCAGCAGCAGCACUGCCAACCCCACAGAGCAGUGCGGCAGCAGCAGCGGUGGUGGUCUUGGUGGUGGGGCUGGCAGUGGGGUUGGUGGCCCCUCGUCGUGGCUGGUGUUCACGGCUGGGGCGCGCGAGGUGCUCAUGUGCUGGCUGCUGCUCUGCCCUGGCCCCAUUCCCCCGCCUGCUGCCCCGUGUCAUGCUCUUUCCCGAAUCUCCCCACACGCCGGGCAGCAGGGAGGGCAGCAAGAGGUGCAGACAGAGGGGGAGAAGCAGAGGGCUGGGAGGGAGGAGGUGGGAGGCAGAGGGGAAGGAUGGGAGGAUGUGUUUUUGAAAGGAGUGCAAGGGGGGGUUGGAGCAGAGGCGAGUGGGGAGGAUGGAGGAACGGAUGGGCGACAGGUUCUGUCGUUUUGGUUGAGCACUCACCGGCCAGAUAAAAGGCGAGUGGUGCCGUGCGGUUCCAGUGGAAAUGGCAGCAGCGGCGGUGUGGAUGACGAUGUGCGGUACCUGAGCGUCACUGCAUUUUCAUUCGGCAGCUUCUCCCAGCGCUCGCUGGUGGCGGUGAUAGCAGCGGCAACAUCAGACGCGCAGCUGCACCUGCUGGCCUUCCACGCGCCCUCCCUCUCCUGGCACCGCCUCGCCACCCUCCACCACCACACCUGCCCCGUCCUCUCCCUCCACCACCUCCUCCUCCCCUCCCCCACUGCCCACACUACCACCUCCCCCUCGCCUGCUGCCCCCACCACUGACCCCACCGCUGCCCCCUCGUCCUCGCUGCCUGCUCUGCCGCGCUGCCUCAUCACCAGCGGUGCCACGGACGGCGCUGUUGUGCUCUGGGAUGUCACCGCCCCUGUCAUCCACUUCCUGCACGCCACGUGGCAUGGUGCCUCGCAUCCCCCCCCACUCUUUCCCUCAUCAUUAUCCUCAACAGAAGCAUCAUCAGCAGGUGCAGCAGGGGGCAGCAGCUUGGGGGCAGUGCGGCCGUUGGGAGGAGGGGUGACGGAAGAAAGAGGGGAGCAGGUGGAGAGAAGGGAGGGGAAGGCGAGGGGGGAGCGGGAGGAGAGAGUGGAGGGGGAGGAGGUUUCAGAAGGCAAGGGAGGUGAGGAGAAGCGGCAAGGGUGUGCAGAGGCGCAGGGGUGGGCGGGUGUGGACGUGGGUCCGCUGUGUGUGGUGAGGGGCGCCCACCAGUCUGGCGUCAACUGUAUCUCCGCUGCUGCCACCUCCACGGCAGGGAGGGGCCACUGGCAGGGGCAAGAAACGCGAGCGGAUGGGGGGGAUGGGGGGAAUGGGACGGAUGGGGUUGAUGGGGUGGAAAAUGGCAGGGUGAGGGGCGUGGGGGCAGCACAAGUAGUGGUGGUGAGUGGCGGGGACGACGAGGCGGUGCAUGCUGUGGUGCUGCACCUGGACUGCAUGGGCGCCGAGCAGAGAGGGCACACAGGACGUUCCGAGGGGCAGAGCGCAGAGGAGGGGGGGGAGGGAGGAAGUGAGGGGGGAGGGAGGGGGAGAGUGGUGCGAGUGGUGGCACGGACAUGUCAACCCAAUGCUCACUCCGCUGCUGUCAAAGGCAUCUGGACGGAUGGGCAGGCGGUGCUGUCUGUGGGGCUCGACCAGCGCCUGCGCUGCUGGUCCCUCUCCUCCAAUCACCACGCGCCACAUGGCAAGGCAGGCGGUGCAGAGGCAGCUGCAGAAGGGAGAUGCAGCGAGGAGGGGCAGAGGGAGGGGCUGGCAGUGAUGGGUCAAGGCAAGGGCAGGUGA